AUGGAUCAAUCUUCUACUUCUACUACUUUGUCAUCUCCCCCUUACAGUGAAUCUUCUUCUUCUUCUGCUUCUACCUCUGCUACUGUCAACAAGAACCACCACCAUCAAUUAAAUGCUAAAGCACCAGAGUUUAGACCAAAAGGAAUCCAACAAUUUCUUGUUGUCAACGACAAAAACUAUGGUAAUCAAGUAGUCCCUGUGUAUGAUUCUGAGGGAAGUCAAUCCAAUGACAGUACCAUCUCUACUCCAUCGACAACACCACCACUUUUACCGUCUCCCUCUAUCCGUUCACCCGAGGGUUCUAGCAGCAGCAGCAGCAGUAUUUCGUCAUCAAAUAGUACAGUAACUACGUCUACUCUUGUCGAUAAUUCACGUUCAUAUGCAACUUCAUUAACUUCAACCACCACAACCAUGACUACAAUCAGUUUACAACAACCAUCAUCUUUGUCAACACCAACACCAAUAAAAAACCAUCAUUUUAAUUCACCAAAUUAUAACAAUCAACAUCAACAUCAACAUCAACAACACCACCACCAUCAACAACAACAACAACAAUACUCUGCACUACCUCCACCACCAACACCAUCAAUUCCACCUCCAUCCCAUAUUCAAUACCAUUGUAUGUAUCAACCGGUCAACAAUUGUUUUCCACCAAUUGUCCAAGAAAUGUUGGUAGUCGUACAAACCAACAUCAAUAAUGGGUUACCUGGUACUAAGAAAAUCGUCAAAAGUUUGAAAAAGGAUCCAGAUACCAAACAUGCCAGACGCAUCACCAUGGAAGAAGCAAGCUCUCUUGUUUCAGAUCCACUCUACUGUGGUGCCAAAAGAGUAUUACUUAUCCCAAAUCGCAAAGGUAUUGCAAAUAUCACUCUUCCAAUCGGUAGAGUUUAUCCAUCAUUUGAAAUUCUCCUUAAAGCCUAUGCUAUUGAAUUAACUAAAGAUCAACCAUAA